AAAGCACGACCUCGAAACCUAAUCCCUAACCCUCUCCCCUCUCUUCUCCUACCUUUCCCCUAUCUCCUCCUUUACCACCAUCGCUUGCUCCAGUCCUGCCGUCGCUUCCGGCAGCUCCGACGACACUAUCCACCUCUACGACCUCCCCUCCGCCUCUUCCUUAAGCUCUCUCCUCGACCACAACCACACAGCUUCCAUCACCGCCCUCUCCUUCACACCCUUUCCUCCCUCUCCCUCCCUCGCAACCUCAUCUCCGCCGCAGCAGAUGGCUCCGUCGCCAUCUUCUACACCGACCCUUUUGUCCUCCUCAAAUCCUUUCGUCCUCACAAGAAGGCGGUCAACAGAUCUCGCGAUUCACCACUUCGGGAAGCUCCCGCUGGCUGUUACCGUGACGAGUGCUUUGCGAUGUUGAAUCUCGUGAGGGGGAAGAGGAGUUUUUGUUGCAGGUUGGGGCACGAGGCGAGUCUUGUCAAGUUUGAUCCGAGUAGAGAGAGGUUCUUCAUGGUGGUGAAUAGUAAAGUUGGUGUUCAUCAGUCUGAGGAUUCUAAGCUUCUUCUUGAGCUUGAUAAUGGUAGCCGUAAGCGUAUACUCUGUGCUUCUCCUGGUGAUAGUGGGAUUCUGUUUACAGCUGGUGAGGAUCCGGCAAUAACAGCUUCGGACACAAAUAGUGGGAAGCUUGCUUAUUCUGAGGUCUGAUGAUGUGGCUCUCCUUGUCACUGUCUAUCUCUCCUUUGAAUCUUCAAGCGUCUUUGGCUUCUGUUGGAAGUGGGUUAGGUCUGUGAUGAUGAUUAAGAGUCAGUUCAGUAAACGACUUUCUUGUUUGCUUGGUGGUUUCUCUCCGGAGGUGGUGUUCUGAAUCGGUCCCAUUGCUCUAUAAGGGCUCUCGGGUUAAAUGGGUGUCCACGGUCACGGGUUGGAUGGAUGGAGGCAGCAGUCUUCAUAUCAUCUCUCCGAAAGACGGCAUCGUCGAUCUCGGGAUACUCCUCGUGCUGCUGGUUUGAGCUUCUUGGGUAAGUAAGUGAGCUUGUGGUUGUGAUUCUUUGUAAAUGUGGAGGCUUGUGGGUAUUAAGGAAGCUGUAGGAGCCGGCUGCAUCAGGGUUUGAGCCGCCCAUCUCUCCGUCUCUCGUGGCAACCUGACGCUUGUUCUGCUUUCGCCUUGUCCUCUGGUUCUUCCCCGCUGCGUUGGUGUUUGGUUCAAAAUUCAGUUCUCAACUUUUUCAAUUUGGUUAUUGUGCGUGUCAAUGUUCUUUGUUUAGUUUCAAUUUUUGCAUUCUGCUACUAGUCUCUGUGUAUCUUCUGUGGCAAACUCAAAAAUUCUGAAAUAAUAUUAACAUUUUACCCAAAAAGAAAAA